AUGUCCCACAAAGCCUCUGACGAACACCACGUUGAUACUGAUUUGAUCACUCUAUCAAGAUUUAUCUUGACUUCACAACAAAAAGUGGCUGCUCAAGCUACUGGUGAAUUAACUCUAUUGUUAAACUCUUUACAAUUUGCAUUCAAAUUCAUUGCUAAUAACAUCCGUAAAGCUGAAUUGGUUAACCUUAUGGGUUUAGCUGGUGCUUCAAACUCUACUGGUGAUGCUCAAAAGAAAUUAGAUGUCAUUGGUGAUGAAAUCUUUAUAAAUGCCAUGAAAGCUAGUGGUAACGUGAAAGUUUUAGUUUCCGAGGAACAAGAAGAUUUAAUUGUUUUUGAUGGUCCAGGUAAUUACGCUGUCGUUUGUGAUCCAAUUGAUGGUUCUUCAAAUAUAGAUGCUGGUGUUUCUGUUGGUACAAUUUUUGGUAUUUAUAAAUUACUCCCGGGAUCAAAAGGUUCUAUAAAAGAUGUCUUGAGACCAGGUACUGAAAUGGUUGCAGCUGGUUACACUAUGUAUGGUGCAUCUGCUCAUUUGAUGUUGACUACCGGUCAAGGUGUUAAUGGUUUCACUUUAGAUGCUUCAUUAGGUGAAUUCAUUUUGACACAUCCAAAUUUGACAAUCAGUGAUGAAAAACACAUUUUCUCUGUCAAUGAAGGUAAUACAACUUACUGGACACCAGAAGUUCAACAAUUCAUUGCAGAUUUGAAAAAACCUCAAUUCAAUGGUAAACCAUACAGUGCAAGAUAUAUUGGGUCAAUGGUUGCUGAUGUUCAUAGAACUUUACUAUAUGGUGGUUUAUUCGCAUAUCCAGCUGACGCCAAAUCAAAGGCUGGUAAAUUAAGAAUCUUGUAUGAAUGUUUCCCAAUGGCUUUCUUGUUUGAACAAGCUGGUGGUAAAGCUGUUACUGAUAAUGGUGACCGUAUUUUGGAAUUGAAACCAAAAGCUAUCCAUGACAGAUCAGGUAUUUGGUUGGGUAGUAAGGUUGAAAUCGAUAGAUUUUUAAAAGCCACUGGUAAAAUUUAG